UGUACGUGUUGCCCCUGAACGCAGCAGGACAGCGGAUGUAGCAGCAGCAUUCUCCAGCGGAGAUCAACCAUGUAGCUGAGGAGAAGACUCCUGCUCCUCACUCCGAAACAACAUGUCCUCUCCUCCUCCUGCGAUGUCCUCUCCUCCUCCCGUGUCUCUGUGAGCUCACCCGCCGUCAGGAUGUGUCUGUGAGGGGAAGAGGAGCCGAGCACCGGAGCUACACGGUCGGGGGAGUCGACACAGGGAGACCGAAGCCUGAUACCUGCCCUCGCCUGGAGAUUGUGGAAGGGGACGCUCGGGUGGGCUCCUCCACUUAUUAGCCGAACCCUGACGUCGUACCUCCCCGUGUGUUUUUGAAACAAUGACUCCAUCUUGGAGCGCGGAGCUGGGCAUGUAACGCUCACGAACACCGGGGAGCGGGGACAGCUCGUCGUUCGCACCAGCUCCGUGUGUGACCGCGUUACCGCCCCGUUUUUUCCGCUCCGAAAGCGGCGCUAGCGGCGCAGCCACACCGGGGAGCUCGAAGACAACACGGUCGGGCGAGGGGGAGCGCACAGCCGCCGGAGCUCACGCCGCCAUGGGGAACACCACCUCCUGCUGCGUGUCGUCCAGCCCCAAACACCGGAGGAACAACCACUCCAGGCUGGAGACGUACCGGCCGGAGCCCGAGCUGAGCCGCGAGGACACGGGCUGCAACCUCCAGCACAUCAGCGACAGGGAGAACAUCGAUGAUCUGCCCAUGGAGUAUAACCCCUCAGAUCAUCCCAGGGCCAGUACCAUCUUCCUCAGCAAGUCACAAACGGAUGUUGCUGUGCCCAACAAAAGAGUCAGAGAGAAACGGAAGAGCCUUUACAUCAACCAUUUCACACACAUUUCGGAGAGCAAGCAUCACCCAGGCCCUGUGAGACGGAAGUACAGCUCGUGUUCCACCAUAUUCCUGGACGACAGCACCGUCAGUCAACCCAACCUCAAAUACACCAUCAAAUGUGUAGCCCUUGCAAUAUACUACCACAUAAAGAACAGAGAUGUCGACGGAAGAAUGUUGUUAGACAUUUUCGACGAGAAACUGCAUCCGCUCUCGAAGUCUGAGAUUCCUGCUGAUUAUGAAAAACACGACCCGGAGCAGAAGCAGAUCUACCGUUUCGUCAGGACGCUGUUCAGCGCCGCACAGCUCACCGCUGAGUGUGCGAUCGUCACUUUGGUGUACUUGGAGAGGCUCCUGACCUACGCUGAGAUCGACAUUUGCCCUGCCAACUGGAAGCGCAUCGUGUUGGGAGCCAUCCUCCUGGCGUCCAAGGUGUGGGACGAUCAGGCCGUGUGGAAUGUAGACUACUGCCAAAUUCUCAAGGAUAUCACUGUGGAGGACAUGAAUGAGCUGGAGCGUCAGUUCCUGGAGCUGCUGCAGUUCAACAUCAACGUGCCGUCCAGCGUCUACGCCAAGUAUUACUUCGACCUCCGCUCGCUCGCUGAGGCCAACAACCUCAGUUUCCCCCUGGAGCCCCUCAGCAGGGAAAAGGCCCAGAAACUGGAGGCCAUCUCACGGUUAUGUGACGACAUAUACAAGGACUUAAGGAAACACGCCAAGAAGCGGUCAGUGAGCGCAGACAACCUCAUGGUGGUGCGCUGGUGUCCGGCCAUCAUUUCCUAACACUGGCUGCCGGCAGCGUGCGGCGGAGGAACACAAAGACCUGUCACACAAACUCUUAUCUCUGCCUUGUAAGUGGGCAAACCAGGUGGGCAGCAGUCCUGUGGAACAGUGUCUGGAAUACACACACAAACACACACACACACACACACACACACUCAAUCUGGCACUUUUACAAGUGUGAUUGUGCCCUCCCUGGGUCGUUGUACAUAAAACAAGUCCCACUGGCUGCCUGCACUGAACCAAACGGAGCUGAGCUGAACCAAACUGAAGUGUGUGUGUGUGACUGAGAGCUGUUGCAAUGAAGACCUGGACUGCAGAGAAGAAGAGGAGGCCUAGUGGAAACAAAGAGUGUGUGAAGCUGGUAAAAGAAAAACUAGGAACAAAGUGUAAAGUGGAAUACAACUCAUGACAGCAGCGUUCCAUAAUCCCUUGAGGCUCAGCUGUUUAAUACGGUUGAUUGACGAAGGCCACAAACAUUCCUUUAUUUUUUAGAUUUCGGCUCAUUCUGUUUCUGAACGGCUUUCGGGCGUAUCUAAAAGUUUAAAUUCUCAAUUCCUUCCGUCCAGAAACCUCAAACACACACAAAGGAGGGACGUGUACAUUCCACUGUUAACUUUAGUGUACAGUUAAUAAAUUACCGUACUACGUCUCGUCAUUUAACUGAAGCUCAGUGAAUGCAAAUCAGUGUUUUGCUCAAGGGCGCUCUGGCAGGACCUAGGAAUCCAACAGUGUUCCGAUCCAGUCGCAGAACGGUUUAUCUCGACCGCCAUUCAGAUUCAGCUUAAAGCAAUAUCCAUGCAGCACAUGUACUUGGGAGAAGACAGACUGGAAGACGGGGGUCCACUACUCUGAGACAUACUGUAGAGCUUCUGUUGUACUUUCUUCACUGCCAUUGUCCCAACCUGUGGUGCCUGUAAGAAGCUAGUUUAACACCCCCCCCACCCCUUUUUAUAGUGGAGGAAAAAAAUAACUGAAAUAUUUUAUGUCUUUAACAUUUUGUAUGGUUCUUCCAGCUAACAAACAAACAGCACAAAAAGGAAUAUCGACAUUUAGAAGCCACUAAACGCAUGAUUCUUCAGGGUUGUUUUUCUUGAUGUUUUUCUGGAGAGGAAACGAAUGAAAAUGCAUCAAGUGACAAUUCAGACAUUGCUUAAGAUAGAUGAUAAAAAGAAAUGUUUUCGCUAAAUUGUUUCUGUACAGUGUAAAUACAGUGCCAGUGUGCAAAUCUGUAGACUGAAGUCGUACUGUUAAAAAAAAUACACAGCACCCUUCCCCAAAUAAUGAUGUUAGAAUAUUUAUAUUGGAUCCAUUUUUAAUGUACAUAAUGGGGACGGUAAAUAUGAUUCAAAUAAGUAUUAACAUUUAAAUGGGAGAAACCACUGAAGAUUUUUCUGUCUGUUUUCUUGUUAUGAUGUGUUCGCACUGAAGGAAAUGCCAUUCUAUGUAUCACAUUCUUCAUACGGUAUAGAUAGAUGUACUGUAUUGAUCACAAAUUGGGAAAUUAUUGAAGUACAAUUAUAGAGAUGAUACAAGACAAUUGAGGCACAUUUGUAUUAUUUGUCAUCCUGUGUAAAAGAUCAUUCUUAGCCCCACUCUGUAAACAUUGCCAGAUUCAUAGGUUUCUGAUUAAAGUCAUAAAACCUG